UUUCUUCACCUCUUUUCUGUUUCUACCGCUUGUUUCCUCUUCUCAACCUGGUUUGUUUUUGCUAACACAAGUAAUCAUUGUUUCGAAACAUCGAUCCAAAGGUGAUUCAACUUGUUCCAUUUUGUUGGGUGCUUAGAUCUGCCCCAAUUUUUUCCCUGAGGGUUACUUCACAGGGAUGAAACGAUUGCGAGAUGAUGCUUACGGUAGCUCUCAAUUUAAGAGGCCAUUUGGUUCUUCCCGAGGAGAAUCAUAUGGCCAACCACAAGCCCCGGGAGGAGGAAGUGAAGGAGCAGGAGUGGCAGGUGCAAGUGUAGUAGGGGUAGGGGUAGGGGUUGGGGUAGGUGGCGGCAGCAGUGCACAAAAACUCACAACGAAUGAUGCAUUGACGUAUUUGAAGGAGGUUAAAGACAUGUUCCAAGACCAGAGAGAGAAAUAUGAUAUGUUUCUUGAUGUGAUGAAAGAUUUUAAAGCUCAAAGAAUUGAUACUACUGGUGUCAUUGCAAGGGUGAAAGAAUUGUUUAAAGGUCACAAUAAUCUAAUUUUUGGGUUUAACACUUUCUUACCCAAGGGUUACGAAAUUACUGUUAUUGAUGAGGACGAGACACCACCAAAGAGAACUGUGGAGUUUGAAGAGGCUAUCAGCUUUGUGAACAAAAUAAAGAAACGCUUUCAAAAUGAUGAUCAUGUUUACAAAUCGUUUUUAGACAUCUUGAACAUGUAUCGGAAGGAACACAAGGGUAUCAAUGAAGUCUAUCAUGAGGUUGCCACACUUUUUGAUGAUCAGCCAGAUCUUCUUGAUGAGUUCACAAGAUUCUUGCCAGAUGCUUCAGCGGCUGCAUCUGCACAUCAUGCGUCAUUUGGCCGGCAUGCCUAUCAACGUUAUGAUGAACGGAGCUCAGCUGCGGUCCCACUCAGACCGACACAAAUGGAUAAGCGAGGCCGGAGAGACAGGAUCAAUGCUCCACAUGCUGAACGGGAUCUGAGUGUUGAUUGUCCUGAUACGGAUGAUAAAACAAUGAUGAAACUUCACAAGGAGCAGAGGAAACGUGUUGAAAAGGAGGGCAGGGAUAGGAGAAACAGUGACCAGGAUUACAAAGAUCCUGAUCUUGAUAGCAACAGGGACAUCCAUCGUCUUGAAAAACGAAAAUCUGCACGUAAAGUUGAAGAUUUCGGAGUGCACUCAGGUUCGGCCCCAUGUGAUGAUAAAGAUGCCCUCAAAAGUGAAUACAUUCUUGUGAAUUUGAUGUAUCUUUUAAUUUUCUUUUUGCAGGUUUCUGAUUUACUUGGGAAGCACACAGAUCUUAUGGAAGGAUUCAGUGCAUUUCUGGAACGCUGUGAAAACAUAGAUGGGUUUCUUGCCGGUGUUAUGGACAAAAAAGCUUUAUGGAACGUUACCAAAUCAACCAGGACAGAGGAGAAAGAAAGGGAGCAUAGGCGUGAAAUUGAUGCUGGUAAAGAGAAGGAUAGGUACAAAGAGAAGUAUUGGGGGAAAUCUAUACAAGAACUUGACCUCUCUAACUGUCAGCGCUGCACUCCCAGUUACAGACUUCUUCCUGAUGAUUAUCCGAUUCCAUCAGUAAGCCAGAGAUCAGAGCUUGGUACUCAAGUACUGAAUGAUCUCUGGGUAUCUGUGACUUCUGGUAGUGAGGAUUACUCAUUCAAACAUAUGCGUAGAAACCAGUAUGAAGAGAGCCUGUUUAGAUGCGAAGAUGACAGGUUUGAGCUAGACAUGUUGUUGGAGUCUGUGAGUUCAACUGCUAAACGUGCUGAGGAAUUACUAAACAGCAUUAACGACCGCUCGAUUGGUUCAGAGGCUCCCAUUCGUAUUGAGGAGCACUUUACAGCUCUGAAUUUACGCUGCAUUGAACGUCUAUAUGGCGAUCAUGGUCUUGAUGUGAUGGACACACUGCGUAAAAAUCCAACCGUUGCAUUGCCUGUUAUAUUGAUUCGCCUGAAGCAGAAACUAGAGGAGUGGACAAAGUGUCGAUCAGACUUUAACAAGGUCUGGGCUGAUAUUUAUGCGAAGAACCAUUACAAGUCGCUUGAUCACCGGAGUUUCUAUUUCAAGCAACAAGAUUCAAAGAAUUUGAGCACGAAAUGCUUAGUGGCUGAGAUCAAAGAAAUAAAAGAAAAGAGCCAAAAAGACGACGAUGUGCUCCUUCGCAUUGCUGCUGGGAAUAGACACUUUAUUAUGCCAAAUCUUGAAUUCGAGUUUACCGACAAGGAUAUUCAUGAAGACUUAUAUAAACUUAUUAAGUAUUCAUGCGAAGAGAUUUGCCCGACCAAGGAACAACUGAACAAAGUAUUGUGGCUUUGGACUACCUUUUUGGAGCCAAUGUUAGGUGUUCCUUCUCGGCCUGACGAUUCUGAUGGUGUGGAAGAUAUCGGGACAUCUAGGCAUGGUGAUGCCAAAACUGAAGGUAUGCCUGCCGGUGAGAGUGAUGGAAGUCCAGGUGCGGAUAGUGGUACCUUUAAUCUUAAGCAAGGAAAACCAGUCAGCAAUGGAGAUGACAACACUUCACCAAAAAAAGUAGAUUCAAGCAAGAACAUCUUGGUAAAUGGAGGUACUUCGUUGAAAGAAGAUGGAUCGAGACUAGAGAAAGAGGUUAGGAACACGAGUGUUGGGGAUAAAGCGUCUGGCUCCAAUCGGCCCUCUGCUUUAGCUGAAAGAGCGACAGAUUCUGGUCCAGUAGUUGGUCUUGUAAAUGAUAACAUUGUUUCCAGAAUUAGCACAGAAUUAUCUGGGCGUGAUGCGACUCCUUUUAGACCAAAUAGUGUUUGUGAGGACGUCCAUGAAGCCAAGUCAAAUAUCGAUGAAGUUCCUUCAUCUCAGCACACUGAUAUCUCAAGACCUGCAACAUUGGCAAAUAGAAGUUUCGCGUUGGCAAAUGGAAGUUUGGCUAAAGUAGCCAAUGUUCUGCGAUAUGAUGAACGUUCUGCCGAGCCUUCCAAAUUUGAGAAAGAAGAGGGCGAGUUAUCACCCAAUGGUGAUUUUGAUGAGGUUGAUUUUGCUGCCUAUGGAGAUAGUGGAUCCCAUGCUAAAGCAAAGCAUAGCGCGGAGAGCUCAUUCUAUAGAGCUGCGAGAGAAGAGGCGCGUCAGGAUGGUGGAAGGGAGAUUGACGCAGAUGCUGACGACGAGGACAGUGAGAAUGUUCCAGAAGGUGGUGACGAUGUGUCAGGCAGUGAGUCUGCUGCUGAUGAAUGCUCGAGGGAAGAGCAUGAAGAAGACGGAGACCGGGAUGAUCUUGAUUGUAAAGCAGAAAGUGAAGGAGAAGCAGAGGGAAUAGAGGAUGGAAACUUUGUUGGUGGAGAUGGCACAUCAUUGCAAUCUUCAGAGCAUUUUUUGAUGACAGCAAAACCACUGGCAAAGCGUGUGACUUCUCCAUCACAUGAUGGUGGGAAAAAAGAUUGUAAUGUCUUCUAUGGAAACGAAACCUUCUAUGUGCUUUUUAGGCUCCACCAAGUAUUAUAUGAAAGACUAUUGUCGGCUAAACUUAAUUCAACAUCUGCUGAGAUGAAGUGGAGAGCUACGAAGGACACUUCCCCACCUGACUUGUACUCUAGAUUUAUGAGUGCUCUAUAUAAUCUACUUGACGGAUCUGCUGAUAAUGCAAAAUUCGAAGAUGAUUGCCGGGCAAUUAUUGGAAAUCAAUCUUAUAUGUUGUUUACUUUGGACAAGCUGAUUUAUAAGCUUGUCAAACAGCUUCAAAAUGUUGCAGGUGAUGAAACGGAUAACAAACUUCUUCAGUUAUAUGAGUAUGAAAGAUCUCGAAAGCCUGAGAAAUUUAUUGAUUCUGUAUAUUACGAGAAUGCACAUGUCCUCCUCCAUGAUGAGAACAUAUACAGAUUUCAGUGUUCAUCUGGUCCAUCUUGUUUAGUCAUCCAGCUGAUGGAUGAUGGGAAUGAAAAGCCUGAAGUGGUUGCGGUUUCCGUGGAUCCUAAUUUUGCAGCUUAUCUCCACAAUGACUUUCUUUCAAUUGUGCCUGGGAAAAAGGAAUCUGGCAUUAUGAUGCAGAGAAAUAAACGCCAAUUCUCAGACAUGGAUGAAUCUUCUGCUAUAUCGGCUGCCAUGGAAGGUGUUCAUGUGGUUAAUGGGUUGGAGUAUAAGAUGUCUUGCAGCUCAUCAAAGAUCUCGUACGUUCUCGAUACCGAAGACUUGUUGUUCCGCGAGCGAAGAAAAAGAAAAAAAAGAAAAGUCUCAGGAAUGAGCAGCAGUAGCAGAUCAUCAUCAUAUUGGCAUCCACAAUCAAGAGUACAACGAUUUCACAGAUUUUUAGCAUUAUGAUACAACACUCUAUUGAAGGUACAUUUAUUGAAAUACACCCACCCCCAAAUCCAAAUGUCAAAAAUACCCCCCCUCAGCCAGAAGCAAUAUUACAAUAAAGAUUGCAUCUUUUUUUUGGUUGUGUUGUAGAAUCUUGGUGGCAUAAAUUAUGGUGAGAACAAAUGCAACAAAUGGGUUUAUAAAAACAAUGGGAUAUGAGGAGGCAUGAGGAGUUGUGUAAAUAGGGAGGGUUUGGUUUGUGGUGAUCAUCUAACUGCUUCUUUCUUGUUUUUUUCUUUUGGGGUUUUGUGUAACAAUUUGUGUCCAAUAGAGGAUGAUAUAUUUUUUUUAAUGGUGGAAGGAAGGGUUGUUAUUGCUGCAUGAAAGAAGGGAAGUGUUGAUGUUGAAAACAGCAAGUACGUACAGGCAUCAGCUAAUGCUAUUGUAGUAAAAUGUAAUCUCACAUAUAUUAUUUUGGUCUCAAGAGUUUUGA